AUGGACGACUUCUUCACACCAGUCAGCACAACAUACACCAACCCUAGGCUUCAGGGAGCCUCACCUGGUGGAACACGCACCUCUGUAGUUAAGAAUAAUCGGGGCGGGAAUGCCACCAGCCUAACGACUCCGGAGGAGGCCCUGGAGAUCCUCAAAUCCAAACCAGACUACUCGGACUUCAUCCAUGUCCUGAAAUACCUUUCUCACCCUAGUCGCCAGUUCAGUCUCUUUACCCCGGGACCCCGCUCCUCAUCAAUCACGACAGUGCUUGUAGAUGAGAUUGCUCCCAACUACUGGCCCAUCUUUCAGGAAUCUCUCAAAGAGAAGUCGGAACAUCUCCAGCCAGGGAGUGAUGCCGACGUCGAGAUCUUUUGUCAUGCCUUCGAAGCCCUGGCGGUGAAAUCCGUCAGCGGUGGCCUUAAGCGGCCGGACCUGGAACUACACAUCGAUAUAUAUCUUGAUCUACUCUCUGCGCUCUUAGGCCCCGAUGACGCGCUGGAGUCGCUAUAUAUAAGAUCUACUAGCAGUCCUAACACGGACCCCGCCUCACACGCUUCCAAGGACAUAGUAUCUCUCCUUGGGCGUGGGGUAAUCGUCUCAACGGCAGCUGAGGCUGACUUCCUAAUCGGACGGAGGGGUUCAUCCUUACACUGGGUCUCCGAUGCGAAACAGUACGUGGAAUGGCUUGCCCGAUCCAUGUCUCGCUGGAUGAAGAAAAGUCCCCCAGAGAAGAGCAUCGAGUUUUGUGCAGAGGUCCUUGUACACUCCUGGAGUAUCGGUUAUUCUGACGACAUGCAUCGUGAGCUAUUCACCUCCCUUCUCCUACAAGGAGAUGCGCAACCGCAGGCGCUUUCUACGCUUUUGAUGAGGAUCUCGCCCACACAAAGAGACAAGGCUUCCUAUGGCCUACUUUCUUUCGUAUCGCGCUUGGUACAGGACGUAAUAGAGGCAACCGAGCCCUCUCUUCACAAUUCGGUCGUUUCGGCGGCAGCUACAAUGAUCAAAAGUGUGUUGCCCUGCGACGUUUUGAGCAAAGGUUCAUACAUCGCUUGGCUGGUGCCCGAACCGUCCGACUCCAUGUCUGACUCCAACGUGUGGAUAAGAAGAGCCAUCAUCGCGGGCUUUUCGGACGACGUGGAAUUUUUAGCCGAUCUCCUGAAUAAGGCACUGGCCCUCUUUGGUGAUCCCCUGUGGAUUGGUUGGGCCCCCUUGUCAUUCAGCAGACGGUGGCCGAGGUGGUCCUCAUCAGCUCAGCCUACUUGA